GUGAGCUGGCCAUCCGGUCACGCAGCGGGGAACCGCGGUAACGGGAUGGAGGGUGAAAGUGGGGUCCGGGCGGCCACACCCUGCCCUUCCGGGGAGGAGAGAGGGGGCGGCGGGGGCAGGGGCGCUUCGGGAAGAGGGGCCUGGACUGGCCGGGUUAGUGUGUCAGGAGCUCUGAGGAAAGAGUCCGGGACGGGAGUCGUGGCGGAAGGGCUGGCGGAGUGGCGGGGUUGGGGGAGCCGAGGGGCCGGAGGGCCGGGGGCGGCUCACCCGGCGGCCCGCGGUCUGAGGAUACAGGGGCCGGCCAUCUAGCCUGGGGAGGUUCUGGACCCCCCGAGCGGGCGGCGGGGAGGUGCUUUGCCUCUGUCGGCGUUCACUGGGUCAGAGCCAGUUCAGCGCCAGUUUAGCUCCCUGGCAGGGAAGGGGUCGCUGGGCGGGCCGGCCCCUCCUCUCGUUCCCUCCAGGGGAUGUUAUGUAAGGGGGGAGGGGAGAGGAGUAGGGGGCGGCGGUGCCGGGGCCUUAUGCAACCCAAAGGUUAGGGUUUCACCGCGGUUGGGCGGGGGAAAGAGGGCAAGAGGAGGGCCUGGAAACUCUAACCCCCCCUCCCCAGACUAACUGGCCGUCUUGGGCCGAGAGAAGGUCACCUCUGCACCUCCCCCCAGCCUGUCCGGUUGUGAGGCCCCUAGCCCAGGCCUGGCCCUGACUGCCUGGGAAGCCGGCUGGCUGGGUGGGGCGCCUGGGUUAGUCAUCACUGGGCUCCCUCUCUCCCCACCUCCCGGCCAAUUCUUGGCCCCUCCCCAUGGCCUCCGGCGAGGCUGUCGCCCCCACCUCCCUCCGGCCCUGGUUCCAGCCUCCAACUCCUUUGGCCUGUCAUCCUGGCUGUCAGACUGGGCUAGGAGCUGUCAGAGUGCCAGAGAGUUGAUGGAGCAGCUGGUCAGAGGGUCAGUGCCCUGGGCCCACCCCGCCCUGCAGCCAAGGGCACCUGCUUGGCAUAGACUCUCAGCAGCUGCUGACUCCUCUGAGUUGAACAGAGCUAUCUCAGACAGAGGAAGGUCGGACGGAGUUGGACUGGUCACCCAGGGGAAGGAAGAUACACAAAGUUCAUGCCUCCCAAGAGGGUUUCGGAAUUUGAACCGCACCCCGUAUCCGCCAAUCUUUCUUACCCUCUGAGUAUAGAAAUUCCAAGGCAAGACCGCCUUGGCCCCUCAGCCUGGCGUGGGCCAUGCCCUUGGACUGAGUGUCAGCAGAGACCCGCCCUCCCCAGCUCACAUCCCCCGAGCCUGCCACGCCCCCAGCCCCCUCCCUGGGCCAUGCUGCAGGGCCCGGCUUUUCCUGCUGAUUCAUGCGUUGGAACUGUGGGGGCGGGGCUUGGAACUUGGAACAAAGUUCAGACAUGGAGGGGCCGGCAGACAGCCUGGAAUUCAUACCAGAUGUACCCGGAAUGCGCAAGCGGAAUGCCUGGCAUCCGAGAGUCCUGGGGAAGCUGCCCAGCCACCCUGCUCAUACCUCCCUCCCCUCCAGCCUGUGGUCCCCUGCCCGCCCCUCACAGCCCCAGCCACCCUGCCCACACCUCCCUCCUCUCCAGCCUGUGGUCCCCUGUCCGCCCCUCACAGCCCCGGGGCCUCUGCUGACCUUCUUUCAAACGCUAGGCCUCCUCCCUUCCUCACUCUUCCCCAAUCCAGGCCCCCAGAACUCUCCUUCCAGCUGAACUCCCUGGGAACAAGUCAUUUGGGCUGAUGACUGAACUCAUAUUUCUGGACCUGAGGAGCCUGUUCCUCUCACACCCUCACCUGGCUGAGCCGCAGUAGUUCUUCAGUGGCAAGCUUUAUGUCCUGACCCAGCUAAAGCUGCCAGUUGAAGAACUGUUGCCCUCUGCCCCUGGCUUCGAGGAGGAGGAGGAGCUGCUUUCCCCAUCAUCUGGAAGGUGACAGAAGUGGGCUGGGAAGGUCCGAACAGCAGGGUUGAUGAUACGUUUUGGGAAAGCUGGAGAGCCUUUGCCCAGAUUGGCCCAGCAAGGAGCGGUUUUAGAUUAGAGACACUGGCUGAAUUGAGGAGUAGAAGGCUCAAACAAGCCCAGGUUAGUUGGUCUUUGUGUGACAGUGGGAAGAAGUGGAGAGAACACUCUGUCUCCCCAACUUCCUUCUUGACCCUCCUUCCGUGUCUCUCAUUCUUCCCCACUGGCCUUUCCAGAUGAGGUCCGAAAGUAAGUUCACUCUUCCAGGAAAAGUGACACUGAACCCGGUGUGAGGAUCAUCCCUCUGCUCUUAUUUUUCCCUGCAUUUCCUUAGGCUGGCCCAGACUCUCGAUUCCUGGCCGCUUACCUGUGUCUGAGACCCUUAGGCCUCCUGUCUCAGUUUCUCCACCUGUGAGAUGGGCAGCCAGACAGAUGAGUGUACGUGAGGGAGUCAGAAGCCCACCUGGGCUCUCGCGCCGCUGUGGGUGGGAACACACACUUUUCACAUAAGCUGUUGUCCCUCCCCCAUCCCUGACACCAUCACCCAGGAGCUGGGCGGGGUAAUGGGAAGCUGGAGGAGGGGGUUAGAGUUAGACCAAUGCAAGGAGCUAGGAGGAGCUCGCCUCUCCACGAUGUCCCCCCAUGCAAGGGUGGCCCAAGGCUUCCCCUGAUAUCCAAAGCAGGACAGCAGCCCCUUGGUGGGAUUCUAACUGCCGCUGCCCUGUUUCUUUCCUCACUUUGCUUUCCAAGGUGGUGUGUGAUCCCCAGCUCAGGCCUGUGCAGACAGGAAAUUCUCCCCUGCAGCAAGCAGGGGAGGUGGGUUGUGGGAUGUGACCUCCUUCUGGAUAUCAGGCAGUGUAAACCUGCCCCCUCCAGCCCUGAUCCAUUCUCACCCAGCGGCUACAGGAAGCUGUCUGUUCGAUUUGGUGGGAGGAGAUGUGCAGGGAGCUGUAUCUUAUCCUCCGCUUGUGAAAAACUCAAGGAUGUGGAGAAGAGUAGACUGUGGAACCCUGCCCUUCUGCAGCCAAGCUGAGUGGGACAGUGGUAGAGAGGAGGGGAUAGACGCAUAGGCUGCAACAAAGGUCACUCUGUUCCUGGACACUGCCUCCGUCCUUUCUUCUUGCUUCACUGGCCACAGCGUCUCCCUCCAGCCCUCGCAUGUGCCUCUGCCAUCUUCACCCAUCAUGGAGCAGAGGUGAGGAAAGGGAGCCUGGAAAUGCGGACACCAGUGAAGGACCAGGCCUGGAGAGCACAGGGUCCUACCUGGGCAUCCAACAGAGGAGCCCAUAAAGGCCAGGAGCACCCCAAAAGGAGGGAGGACAGCCAGCCUCCAUCGACGGCAAGCCUCCAGCCCUCUCCUCCUUUGAUCGCCAUUUCUCUCCAGGCUUUCUGCCUCCAAGAUGUGGCACCAUAGUGCAGUGCCCUGUGGCUUCACCGCCCUACUUCCACCUCCGCCCAGCCUGUAAUGUUUAUGUAAGCAGCCUCAAGGACCAAGAGCCAUCUGCGAAAGGACAUACACAGGAAAUUCAUAAAAGAAAUCGGAAUGGAUAAAACCAUGAAAAAAAUGUAUGCUUCAUUAGUAAUUAAAGAAAGGCAAAUAGAGCUGAAAGCAUUUUUCCCUUAGCAAACCAUAACAGAAAAAAAUAAGACCCAAUAUUGGCAAAGAGACUAUUGAAAUGACAUUGCCAUAUAUUGCGCGUGGGAGUAUACAUCGUAUACAUCGGUGCAGGCUUCCUGGAUGGCGGUUGGGUAAUAUGUGUCAUGUAGCCUAAAAGCUCCACGUCCUUUGACCUAUGAAUUCUAUCUUUGGGAAUUUAUCCUAAGAAAAUAAUUAAGGAUUUAGUUAGUGAUAAGAUGUUCAUCCUAGGUUUGCAAUGGAGAAAAAUGGGAAGCAAUGGUUUGGUUGGGAAUUCAUUCCUUUUCUGCUGUAAUGAAAGUUUGCAGUAGGGGAUUUUGCUUAGGGAAAUUAUUGUAUCUCCAUCCAGAUGGUGGGGUACUGCACAGACAUUAAAAGUCAUGUAAAAGAACAUCUGACUGAAAGAAAAAUACUCCUUGAAUAUUAAAAGGUUGUAAAAAUAGUGCAUGUUAUGUGAUCUCAAUUUUGUCUUUUAAAGUAUGGGUGUAUACUUGUAUACGUAGAGCAGAUAAAAAAGACGAAAGGCAUGCUAAAAAAUGUUCAGUGGUUAUCUUUGGAUGGUGGAACAAAGUCACUGAAAUUUUCAUCUUUAGUUUUUCUGUAAUUGCCAAAUUUUCUACAUUAAUUGUGUAUUGCUUUCCUAUAAUAAAUAUAAUUUAAGAGAUUGGUGUUAUUAUUUAAACCUUUGGAGAAGUGGGGGUAGAAGAAUGAAGGGAAGACCUCAGCUUUUUGGUGAGAAGGUUUGGUUGGGAUGCCUCUUCGUCUAUGAACUUAAUUCUUUGAAGUAGCUGGAAUCCUUCCUCUCAGGCUGCAGGAAACAGCUCUGAAUUGCUGGCUGACUGCUAGCUGAAGAGGUGUGGAGUGGAGUAAGGUGGAAGGAAAGCAGUACAAACCUGGGGCUCUUCAGGUGGUGAGGGGCUGGGGGAGACUUUUCCUCUUAAGGCUGGAGGGUUCUAGAAUCUUAACAGCCCUGCUACUGAGAGCAGGACAGAUCUGUUUUUCUCUUCUGACUCUGUCCCAGCCUUGAAGGGACCCUGUGUUACCUUUCCUUGUCCUUGGAUUGUUAGAUACCCUACCUACCCAACAGGUACCAGGCCUUUGGGGAAGGGGGGUGCUUUUCAAGACCGGCGGCCAGCGAUUCCCUUUUGCCUCGUCUUCCUAAUGAGGCUCCUCUGUAGGGCCAAAAACAAUGCUAGGGGUCAGGGCGGGGCCCAGUGCGUCGCUUCUCCAACAUGGGGGCUCCUGGGGGUUGUGGAAGCGGGGAGCAGAACUGCUGGAAUUACAGGUUUUCUGGGAUAUGUUAAAGGCCUGGAAACCUCAGGAGGCAGAAGGGGUGGCUCCAAGAAAGUGGGGCGCCCCCUCCCCACCACGGAUGCUGGGAGGGAAGUGGGGGCGGCGGCGAGACUCGGGCAGGCACGUGUGGGCUGUGCUGGCCUCUGCCUUCCAGGGUGUGGCGGUGACGCUCAGUAGGUGAAAGGCUCUGGAGCUGGAAGAGGAGGUCGAGGUUCGCGGGCGGGGCCCGGGAGUGUCAGGUGAGGUUAGACUGGAGACCCAGGUCUGCAACUCCAGCGUUUCAGGAUGCCUGGAGCUGGGGAGGAACCCUAUUGGUGAACAUCCUGGAGGCCCCCCGAGCUCCAGGGUCCGGAGCUCCCCUGGCUGGGGCGGGACGCGAUCGGUGGCCAAGGCUCCGGGGGUGGUGGCCCCGCGGCUGCUCCAAUCACCGCGCAGCCGAGGGAUGGGGCGUGGACGAGCAGGGAAAAGUUCCUGCGGAUUUCGAAGGCGGGGCGGGGAGGGGAGCCGGGGGCCCAGCCCUGCAGGAAAGCGGGUUCCAGUCCUGGCCGAGAGUGCGGGCACCAAGCGGACAGACUUGGACCCCCCGCCCCCCCAACCGCUGCCCGGUCAUGGCGCCCCCGGGGCUCCUGGUGGCCGGCGCCUCCUUCCUUGCGUUCCGAGGGCUGCACUGGGGGCUGCGGCGGCUGCCCACGCCGGAAUUGGCCGCUCGGGACCGCUGGCAGUGGCGGAACCUCUGCGUCUCCCUGGCGCACAGCCUGCUCUCGGGGGCCGGGGCACUGCUCGGCCUGUCACUGCACCCUCAGAUGGCCACCGACCCCAUCCAUGGCCACCCGAGCUGGGCCCUGGUGCUGGUGGCCGUGUCUGUGGGUUACUUCCUGGCAGACGGAGCUGACCUGCUGUGGAACCAGACCUUGGGCAAGACUUGGGAUCUUCUCUGUCAUCAUUUGGUGGUGGUGAGCUGCCUCAGCACCGCUGUUCUGUCUGGCCACUACGUGGGCUUCUCCAUGGUGUCUCUGCUCCUGGAGUUGAACUCUGCCUGCUUGCACCUGCGGAAGCUGCUGUUGCUCUCUCGCCAGGCCCCAUCCCUGGCCUUCAGCGUGACCAGCUGGGCCUCCUUGGCCACCCUGGCCCUCUUCCGCCUGGUCCCGCUGGGGUGGAUGAGUCUGUGGCUAUUCCGGCAGCGCCACCAGGUUCCUCUUGCUCUGGUCACCCUGGGUGGAAUUGGGCUGGUCACUGUGGGCGUCAUGAGCAUCAUAUUGGGGAUCCGCAUUCUGGUCAAUGAUGUCCUGCGGUCUCGACCCCAUCCACCCAGCCCCGGGCACGAGAAAACCAGGGGGACCAGGACACAUCGUGACGAUGGACCUGUCACCAGGGACAAUUCCACUCUCAGCCUGAAAGACUAGAGAAAAGCCAUGGGCCCCUCGCUGGGGGAGGUGGGGCCAGGACAAGGAGAUGAGGGUCUUCCAUGCACAGUCCCCCAUCGGGGUGAGGGCCAGACUGGCUCAUCAGCAUCUCGGUUUCUCUUGCAGCUAACUCACAUCCCUUCCCCUUGCUAGGAUCUAAGAAGAAUAGCUGAUGUUGGAUAGGUGGGAACCUGGGUUUCUGUUUACUGAAAUCCGUCAUCAGAUGAGUGCCCUUUCCAGCAAAUAAACUCAAGAAGUACAGCCAGAUCUUCAGUAAAGGGUGGCAGGAGGCAAGCAGCUGGAAGAAACUGCCAGUGGAGACAGAAGCUCUUUGCUUUAACCCAGGGACAUGUCGGGGAAGGUGAAGUCCCACUAGGAUCAGAGAGAUCUGGUAUGGGGCGAAUAGGGACAGAGAAAA